AUGUCGGCGACUGCAGCGAGAAUUGGACUUAGGAUCAAUACAAAUAAAACGAAAAUCCUUUCGUUUUAUACAGAAGAACUUGAAAUGCCCGAUUUUAAAUACCUUGGGUCCACUCUAAUACCAAAUGUUCAGGCAAAAGACGAUAUUAAAACCCGGACCACUGCAGUUAAAAAUACGUUCUUCCGGUUUACGAAAUUUUAUGGAGCCAUCGUACGGAUAUUUUACGGAUCUGUCCAAAUAUCACAUGAUCGCAUCCAUCUUCGUUCAAAUACCACUUGCGUUAAUAAUGUUAUCACAGUGCAACGCCUUCGCUGGUUCAGCCAUGUUCUCCUUCGACCACCACAGGAGUUAACACAUAUUUCGUUACUUGCUAAACCAUAUGAAUUUCAUUCGUACGUUGUUGUAAAAUUGCAAAAUGUUAAAUCAACAACGAUCGCUGUAAAAGGAAAUCAACCGUGUUGGGAACAAGAAUUUAUUUUUGAAACGAACCGGAUCGAUAAUGGAAUGCUAGUUGAAUUAUGGAAUAAAGGAGUAUUAUGGGAUAAAUUAUUAGGCGUUCAUUAUAUGCCGUUAACAUCAGUCCAGUAUAGUAAUUCACAUGGAAAUGGUAAAUGGUUACAAAUCGAUCAAGAAGUUGAAACAAGGAAUGGUCGAACUGUUGGUACUAGCCAUCCAACUGGUCAUUCUCUGUUAGCUGAUGUACAUUUUGAAUUGCCUUAUGAAGCACAAGGCUUAGAUGCUGAAGAACUUCAAGCAAAAUUGCAAGCACUGAAUCAUCUUAUCGAAAUUGGUGAUCAGUUACCUCAUUUUAGAGCACCUCUUACCCAUUCGGGCAUAUCAGAAGAUUCUGAUUAUACGUCAGACGUGUCGUUUCCAAUUCAUCAUCAACCAAAUAAUUCAGUACAUCAGUGGGAUAGUCAUGUGCAUCCACAUCGAAAUUCGAGACAACUUGAUCGGCAAAUACAACUAACUGAAUCGGUAAAUUGUGAUUAUCUACAACCGUUUGAUGAAGAAAGCGAUGCAACACAACAUGCUUCUGAAGAACCAAUUAUUUACAGUAGUUAUGAUGAUGAAUAUUAUCAGCAGCAAGAUUACGGUGAUUAUUAUCCAAAUAUUUCACACUAUGAACAUUAUCAGCAUUAUAAUGAAAAUACCUAUGAUAAUGAUUACAUUGGAAGAAAAUCAUGGAAAAAAUCUUUCAAUUCCGACUGGAAUGAAGAACAAGAACCUCUUUCAUACAAUAGUCGUCCACGAAAUAUGCAAAAUGCGAUUUCAUCUUUAUCCAGGAAUAUCUAUUCAUCGCGAGGAAUGAAUCAUUAUGAUAUGCCUGCGUCAGAAUCGGAAACAUAUAGUCAAGUCGAUGGACGAGGAGAAUCAGAUAAUUAUGAAAAAGAGGGGUCGGAUGAAACAAGAUUUACCCCCCAUAUCGGCGAAGACGAUGGUGAUGAUGGUCAAAGAUAUACUUUCAACAAUAAUCAACAAAAUAUUAGCAAAUAUUCAUCUAGUCGACAGAGCACUAUUCAAGAUAAUUUAGCAGAUGAUAUUUUUUCUGUUGAUAAUCCUGAUUAUAUCUUUAACGACAAAAAUAUUAAUAAUAAUUGUGAUGAUGUAAGCUAUUCUAAGGUUAAUUUGGAAAUUAGUAAAGCAACAGUGCAAAUUGCCUCAAAUGAAUUUGAAGACGAACAAAUUCAUAGUAAUAAAAAUGAUAAUGUAGUGCCUGUUCAAACGGAUAAGAAGGAUUAUCGUGAAAUGUGGCGUUGGGCUUAUCGAGAAACUUGUAAACGGUUAGGAAUAAAGAAGGGUUUUAUGGAAUCAAAGUGCAUUUGCACAUGGAUUAGAAGUACUUUGGCCGAAGAAACGAUUUGA